CUUGCCGGGCGUUAUCCGACAGUGAGCCGCAGCCACCACUCGACUCCAGCUCGCCGCCGGCCGCCGCAGCGAUGCCCCUCCUGCGCGCCCGCCCGCCCGCCGCCGUGCCGCUCUCCUUCUCCACGGCCGCCUGCUACAGUUUCCCCCUGCCCUCCUCCUCCUCCUCCUGCUGCACGGCCGCGCGCUGCUCCGUCGGCUCCUCCGCCAAGCUCUCCGCCGUCCAGUUCGAGCCCCUCCGCUCCGACUCCGAUCCUUGGGGCGCGGACCAAGGCGUGGCCACCACUGAAGACGGCGAGCAACAAUUCAACAAGGAUGGGCCGGAGAGGGAUCGGAAGGGCAUCCCCGGCAUCCACGUGCCGCGCCAGCGCUACAUCGCCGUCCCCAAGGCAGCCCUCCUCGACGCGGUCCUCUCCCAAUUCCCCUCCGAAGCCGACGCCGCAGACUUUAAGCGCUGCGCCAGAUGCUUGGACGCCAUCCUUCACGCCGAGCACAAAGGGAUGCUCGAGGAGAUGCGCACCUCUUACAUGCUCACGCAGCGCCACCAGGAGGACGACGACGAUCAGACGGACAGCUCCGACGCCCAAGCCAUCGUCAACGGCAAAACCUCCUCUGGCUUUUUCGGUAUCACCCAAGAGGACGGGACAUUAUUCCUUACCAGAAGCCUCGGCUUGAGAACUCUGCUCGGAUUAACCCCAGAACCUGGUUCCAAGACCAGAGCUGCUUUUGCAACUCAGUUCCAGCGCUCCUUCAUGAAUCUUCUACGCAAUGCUCAGUUCGAAGAACUCUCUGCACAAGAUUUGCUCUUGACAUACGCCCUAAACACUGACUACCUCUUGACCUUGCCGAUUUAUGUUGACUGGAAAAAGGCAGCUGAAUCCAAUGCAAUAAUAUUCAGGCGUGGGUAUGCCACUGAGAGGCAGAAAGGGCUCCUAUUAGUUGAGAAACUCGAUUACCUGCAAUCAAAACUCUUGCAGAAUAUAUUCUUCAGCCUCUCCAAACCCUUGAAAAAGCCAGGGAAAUGGCUUAACGAGGCUUUGAAAAGAUCAACAGGGAACCAGGGAUUUCAGAUCUGGAUCGAUAAAUUAAGAGACUGGCUUAAAGAGCAAACCUACGCAGAUAAUUCACUGUUGUUGAUAGAAAACUCUUCAUGGGACAAGCUUAGUUCUGAUCAGUUACCCAAUGAUGAUGUUCCUAUUUGGAUCGCUGCACAAAGGGCGGUGUCUCGUUACGAAGGAAUUCUAUCACCUGUUGGUCCUCGUGGUAGAUUGUUAAGGAGACUGCUUACAUGGACUGGCUUAAUACCUUCUCUGCCUGAAGCAACGAUAAAAACUGAUGAUGAAACUAAACAUCUUGAAGGGCAUGUGAGGCCAAAUUUUCUACCAAGAAUUACCCUUGCAAAUAUAUGGGAACCUGCAAGCAGAGAAUCUUGCAACAACAAUUUUUGGGAGAUAGUGAAAGUUUCUUUUCGUAUCUUAUUUGGGAGGUCCACUCUUCAGGAACCAGCAUUCCAAGAGUUGAUCCUAUUAUAUACCGAUGAAAAAUCUCAAAGUGAAAAGAAGGAUAAAUCUGAGAUGCUGCCGCUACAACUUAAAAUUUAUGAGAAGAUUCCGAUCCCAGAUCUGCCAGUGGUUUUUCCCCACAAGAAGUUGUCCUUCCGCAUCCUAGAUACAGUAAGGCUGGACAUAGCUACUGUAAUAGGUUUGUUGGCAUACGUUGUCAACUACAAAUUUGAGAGUUUGGCCUCAUCUCCGUCAGCUUUUCUCCUUGAUAUAGUCGCUAUUAGUGCACUACUGAUACUUGUGUUCCGUGUAGCACUAGGCUACAAACAGACUCGGGACAGAUACCAGCUUCUGGUGAAUAAGACGUUGUAUGAGAAGACAUUAGCAAGUGGGUUUGGUUCAGUUUACUUUCUUCUGGAUGCUUCUGAGCAACAACAGUAUAAAGAAGCACUCUUGGCGUAUGCUAUGUUGCUGUGCAGAAAGAAGUAUCAGGUGUCAUCGCGUGCAAGCAUCAGAGAUACCUGCGAGCAAUUCAUGUACGAGAAAUUCAAGGCGAAGAUUGAGAUGCCGAUUGACAAGGCUAUGGAGACGCUUGUGCGGUUGGGCUUGGUGAUCGAGCUUCCAACGAAUGGUGGGUCGAGCGUGGUUGGUGUUCCAUGUUCAGAAGCAUAUGAGAUCCUGAGAAGCCGGUGGGAUAGCUUGUUGGAACACAGGACAGAGCAAGCCUGAUGAAAUAGACCUGCUGUGAAUCCUAUCGUUGGAAUGGAGCGGGGAUGGAUGGAUCACAGUGUUGUCCAACAUUGCAGUACACUGGAUAUGGGAGCUGCUGUGAGUGCGUGGUUGACAUGGCGGCGACCUGAGGCAAAGACCUUGCAUUUGAUGGAGCCCUCUUGAAUCAACUACAGUCACUGGUUGUUGUACAUAAUACAUGGCUGGCUAUUCGCGUGGAGCAGAUGCCCAAAUUUGGACUGGGGUUUGGGGCAUCAGAAAAGAGAGAGACCUGCUGAUGGAGAGGAGAGAUGGCAGUUGCAACUGAAGCAGUAAAUAGAAGAGGUAUAUAUGAAUAUGAUGGUUGUUGCAGCGGUGAUUAGAUGCUGUUAGUAGGGAUGUGCUAGUAGGAUUAAUCAUAUGGUCAGCGUUUUUUUUCCCCUGUGGACAAGUGAUCGUUUACUUCAUGGAUGUAGUGCUGGUGAUCCAUCUCAUCUGGGCCUGGUUGGGCCCUGGGAAUCGAUCGAGAGGAUACUAGCAAGUCCUAAAUGGAUAAACCUUCUGCUAAAAAAAAACUGAAUGGAUAAACCUCACCCUAAAAAAAGGGAUAAAC